CAAAUGAAAACCCUUCUCCUUGCAGUGCCCGGGUUGUGAAGCAUAUGGAGGGUGGAUCUGUCUCUUUCAGUUCUUCCUUGCUUCCCAUUAUUCUCAAGUGUGGCUUCCUUGGCUACCUUCUGUCUUGCAGGUUAUUCUCCCACGUCGGCGACCCCUUCCUGGAUGACCCCCUGCCCCGGGAAUACGUCCUCUACCUCCGCCCCACUGGCCCCUUAGCACAAAAGCUUUCUGACUUUUGGCAGCAGUCGAAGCAGAUCUGCGGGAAGAACAAGGCACACAACAUCUUCCCCCACAUCACCCUCUGCCAGUUCUUUAUGUGUGAGGACAGCAAGGUGGAAGCCCUGGGAGAAGCCCUGCAGACCACUGUCAGUCGGUGGAAAUGUAAAUUCUCAGCCCCACUGCCCCUGGAGCUCUAUACCUCCUCCAACUUCAUCGGCCUCUUCGUGAAGGAAGACAGCGCUGAGGUCCUCAAGAAGUUUGCUGCAGACUUUGCUGCGGAGGCUGCAUCCAAAACCGAAGUACAUGUGGAACCUCAUAAGAAGCAGCUGCAUGUGACCCUGGCUUACCACUUUCAAGCUAGCCACCUACCCACCCUAGAGAAACUAGCCCAGAACAUUGAUGUCAAACUCGGGUGCGAUUGGGUGGCCACCAUAUUCUCUCGGGAUAUCCGAUUUGCUAACCAUGAGACAUUACAGGUGAUCUACCCCUACACCCCCCAGAAUGACGACGAGCUGGAGCUGGUCCCUGGGGACUUCAUCUUCAUGUCUCCGAUGGAGCAGACCAGCACCAGUGAAGGCUGGAUCUAUGGCACAUCCCUGACCACCGGCUAUUCUGGGCUCCUGCCUGAGAAUUACAUCACCAAGGCUGACGAAUGCAGCACCUGGAUAUUUCAUGGUUCUUACUCAAUCUUAAAUACAUCAUCUUCUAACUCUCUCUCAUUUGGUGAUGGAAUACUGGAGAGGCAGCAGUAUGAAGAUCAGGGACUGGGGGAGACGACUCCCCUCACUAUCAUCUGCCAGCCCAUGCAGCCUCUGAGAGUCAACAGCCAGCCUGGCCCUCAAAAGCGGUGCCUCUUUGUGUGUCGUCAUGGUGAGAGAAUGGAUGUUGUAUUUGGGAAGUACUGGCUAUCACAGUGCUUUGAUGCCAAAGGCCGCUACAUACGCACCAACCUGAACAUGCCUCAUAGCUUACCUCAGCGGAGUGGUGGUUUCCGGGAGUAUGAGAAAGAUGCCCCAAUCACUGUGUUUGGAUGUAUGCAAGCAAGACUAGUGGGUGAGGCCUUAUUAGAGAGUAACACCGUUAUUGAUCACGUCUAUUGCUCCCCAUCCCUGCGCUGUGUUCAGACAGCACACAACAUCCUGAAAGGUUUACAACAAGAAAAUCACUUGAAGAUUCGUGUAGAGCCUGGCUUAUUUGAGUGGACAAAAUGGGUUGCUGGGACUAUGUUACCCGCGUGGAUACCUCCAUCAGAGUUAGCUGCAGCCAACCUGAGUGUUGAUACAACCUACAGACCUCACAUUCCAGUCAGCAAAUUGGUGGUUUCAGAAUCCUACGACACUUACAUCAGUAGAAGUUUCCAAGUAACAAAAGAAAUAAUCAGUGAAUGUAAAAGUAAAGGAAAUAACAUCCUGAUUGUGGCCCACGCAUCUUCCCUCGAAGCAUGUACCUGCCAACUUCAGGGUCUGUCGCCUCAGAACUCCAAGGACUUUGUACAAAUGGUCCGAAAGAUUCCAUACUUGGGGUUUUGUUCCUGUGAAGAAUUCGGAGAAACUGGGAUAUGGCAGCUAACAGAUCCACCCAUCCUUCCUCUUACCCAUGGACCAACUGGAGGCUUCAACUGGAGAGAGACUUUACUACAAGAAUAAGCCACAUGAGUGAACGAGAAGAAAAGACCUUUAAAAGCCUUUGGAGAAGUGUCUUUUUUUUGAGUUUAGUAACAGUGGGAAAAUCCACAGCACAUUCUAAGCACACAGCUCAGAAUAAUUUAGCGUAUCUCCUUUCAUGCUUAAAGUUAGUAUGAUGAGACCGUGUGAAUGAAAGAAAGACUUGCUUCAGGGAUGAAAUUCUCUCUGGACUCUCGCCUAGCUAACAAGGCUUUGGAGAAUGAUCUUCCUAAAUCAGGCACCUACAACAGCAGAGGAAGUUUUGCCUCCUUCCUUCUAGGUAUGGCUAAGGAGCCUCACCCCUCCAAAGCAAACUGCCAGCCCACCCUGAGGAAGGCUGCAAGCGUAAAGAGUCUGCCCAGAAUCCAGCUGGGGGACUUUGAGCUGCCAGUUUGGGGUUGGGAUUUUCUGUUUUAACUUCAUUUUUCAAUUAGGCAAAGCAAAGCUGAGGAAUCCUUUUAAGGUUAUUAGAAAAUAUGCCCCCACAGAGAGUAGUUGUUAGGUUACUCAUUACAUUCUACCCUCAAUAUGACCCCUACACCAGUGUUGCUGGCUCAAGACCCCUGUUUGAGGGCUCUAACAUUUACCUGGUACCACCAUGUUUUCUCUAGAGCAGCUGGCCCUCCCUGCUAUAGCCCUUCCUGCUUUAUUUCUAUCUGUGAAAUGGGAAGACCAAGAAUUGCUCUCCAGAGCACUUUUGGAUACUCAGGAGGACCAUAAGAAGUAUUCACUUGUAAAAGUGUUACACUUGUAAUUGUGAAGUAUCCAAUUGCAGACACAAAGAACUUGCACAGUAUAAUGCCGCUUGGAAUUAUCUGUGUUGUAGUCUAAUGAGCCAGAGCACUUCUAAAUCACCGUGAUUUGCUUGUCUUUGUCCCUAGAGUCUAGACUGUGUUUAACUAGUUUAUGAUGUUGACAUUUGGAAGGGAUGUAUGUUAGAUAUUAUAUUUGCAUCAGCAAGAAGUACAUUCUGUGCAAUAUGUACAUCUUUACAAACCAUACCAGGUGUCAGGUGGUUGUACACUUCUAGUACAUGUCUAACAUAACCAAACAUCAACAAAUACAUCAGUUAUACCAGGGGUGUAUCAUGAAGUCAGGGAACUAAUUUAAAUGAUGACACUCACGACUGCACUGCGACCUGUGCUGUCGUGUUCUUUGUUUGUUUUUCUACGAUAAUUUAAAAUAUGUAGGUAGGGCUUCUUAAGGAAAAGUAGGAGAACCACAUCCUGUGGUUUCUCAACCCACAUGCUUCCUACAUUUAGAGGGAGUUUAUUUAAAAGAAAAUAAAUGACAAUCAAACCAAAAACAUCAGUUAUCAAUGUCUUUUUAAUUGUGUGACUAGCUUACUGUUGAGUGCUGCCAAUUCACAAACAAUGCGUCUGGAAUGGUAUAGUUCACUAUGUAGAAUAUGUAUGCAGAGUGAAAUCCCAGCCAUGUAAAGAGGACAUGAGUUAGUGUACAACAAAUCUAUAAGCAUUGUGGCAUUGAAUAGGCUUCAAGCCCCAGAUGCAUAAAACAUAUGGUUCCUAAAAAUAGGUCUAUGCUCCUAUUUGAAACUGGAAUUUGAUAGCCCCUGGAAACAAGGGGGAAGUGAUAGGAUGCUGGCUAUGCAUGUUAAUCAGCAAGAGGACUACAGUCUUGCUUCUUAUUAAGUAACUUAGAAAAAUGUCAUGAAUUUUAUGUUUUAAGAAAAACAUCUUGAGUUCUUUUAGCAUUGCAGAAAUACUCAUCCAACUUCUGGGUAUAGAAAUAAUCUUGCAAAGACAUCAUUCAUUGACAUAAAUGUUUUACCUUUAACCUUAUGGGGAGGGGAUCUACUUACUUCAUAAAGGUUUUCAGAGAAAAGUCAUACGGCAGCUAAUAUAAUGUCACUGCCGUUCAUUCUUAUGGUUGCUAUUGCUGUUAGGUGCCGUCAAGUCAGUUCCAACUCAUAGCAACCCUAUGUACAACAAAACAAAGUGCUGUGUGGCCCUGAAACGAAGUAAAUUCACUGUUUAAUCAGAUCUAUCAUGUUUAUUAGAAAUUCUCCCUAAAAUUUUAUGGGCUUAGAAUGGUUGAAAUAAUGCUUGAAUACCUCUCAUCAGAUUUCCUUGAAAACUAUAGCAGUGGGUUUUGGGCUGUGCCUCUAUUUGUAUAAAACAGAGUUCAGAAAAGGCUACCCUGUCCGUCUCGCUCGGUUGUCUCAGUCCUGUGAUGACCUUCUAAAUUAGUUUGGCUGGGCUACGAUCCUUUGUCCUUAGUCCAAUAUAGACACAGUCUUUAGGUUGUAAUCUGUACAAGCAAAAAGAAGCAGAGAUCUGAAAUAAUAUUUGAAGAAGUUAGGUGGAAAACCCUGAUGUACGAGAGUUCAUUCCUCUGCUUUAACUGUCUGAAUUACUUAUCAAAAUGGCCUGGAUGAUCUGAAUUCACAGUAUAUUCUUAUUUCAUACUUAUCUGUUUAGGAAACUAAACUUGGACUCCAGCUGAGAAAAUCUUUGGAAAUUGUGUUGAAUUUAUGUGUAGUAAAAGAAACAACAGCAUUACCUGAUUUCCUAUUCAUCCCAAAAUUUAAGGUUGAUACAACAGUCUGAAGUAGAGGCUAGUUGUUUUUCAUCUGUGGCUGGAUGCUUAUUAAAAACAAAUAGGGUUGAAAAAAAAAAAAAGAACAAAUAGGGGUUAGAAGGAGGAAGGAAAGAAGAGAGGGAAGGAGGGAGGGAAAAAGUAGCAUCUAUCUAGCCAGAUAAGAACCAAGUGAUU